CGUCCUCACCUCUCCCGCACAGCGUCAUCCUCGAUUUCAUACACCUUCUUACGGCUAGCUUCUCGACUCUACAGUCUAGAUAUCGUCAAAGCCGGGGACGUACAUCGACACGAUGUCGUUACCCUCAUUCCCCAAGGACCCGACACCGUCCGCCCCGCAUCGCUCGCACAAGUCUGGGUCGUACGAGUCAUCCUCUUCGGCACAAUCAGGAGGCGGUGCAGGUAAUCUUUUGCCCAAGUCUCUGUUGAUCGUCUGUGGAGUCUGUUCUGGAAUCGCUACCGUCGUCUCGAUAUGGUCGGUCUAUCUACAGCUCAAGAGCUAUCGGAGGCCAUUACUCCAGCGAUCAGUAGUCAGGAUUAUGCUCAUGGUACCGCUAUAUGCCAUCGCCUCCCUUAUCGCUCUGUUCUCGCUCGACGCUGCCUUCUUCAUCGAUACCGUUAGGGAUCUGUACGAGGCCUUUGUCAUCUACUGCUUCUUCCAACUCCUCGUCUCCUAUCUCGGAGGAGAGCGAUCCCUUUUGAUCCUGCUGCAUGGAAGACAACCGAUCCCGCACCCAUUCCCUUUCAAUAUCUUUCUGAAGCCGAUGGACAUUAGUGAUCCUUGGGUACUAUUGAACCUGAAACGAGGCAUCUUGCAAUACGUACAGGUCAAACCUAUCCUCGUAUUGGCGACCGUCAUCCUCAAGGCUACCGGCACUUAUCGGGAAGGAGACUUUUCGUUCGACUCUGGGUAUACUUACAUCAGUGUAGUCUACAACGGAAGUAUCUGCCUGAGUCUAUACUGUCUGGCCAUGUUCUGGGUUUGCGUCAGCAAGGAUCUCAAGCCGUUUAGGCCUGUUCCCAAGUUUCUGUGUGUCAAGGGAAUCCUCUUCUUCUCCUUUUGGCAAGGUCUCGCCGUAUCGCUCCUUGUCGCCAUUCGCGCGAUUAAGCGAUUGGGAGCUUAUACCGACAAGGAGCACAUGUCAUUGGCGCUGACAGACUCGCUCGUCUGCCUCGAGAUGCCCUUCUUUGCGAUCGCGCAUCAAUAUGCUUUUCAAGCGAGCGACUAUAUCGACGAGAAUCUGAUGCAUUGCGCGCGAAUGCCGUUCUUCUAUGCAUUACGGGACGCUUUCGGAACCCGCGACGUUUGGGAAGACUCGAAAGCCACGCUCAAAGGUCGAGGGGUCUCUUAUCAGGCUUAUGAGCCUGCCGAAGGUGUCCUACAUGUCGGGGACGGCAGGAUGCGACGUAUUCGAGCGGGACUCCGGUAUAGCAAGGGCGGUACCCAAAAAUACUGGAUUCAGCAACCGGGCGACGAAGGCAGGGUCCGUGAAGGUGGACCUGUCAACACCAUGCGUCGUAACCUCCAGAGCAGACUGGCCGAGCGCGAGGCGUAUGCCCCUUUACUUCCGAAGCAGACGGCUAGGAUCUUGCAUCAUUCCGAGGCCAGGCCGUACGACAGCGAUACCGACUCGUCCGAUGCACCCAGCCUCGAUUUCGAAGGCGCCGGACCUGACGACGAGUGGGAGGAAUCGAUGUACUCUCGAGCAAAGAAGAUCGAGUAUAUCGGGUAUCCCAACGUUGAUGUCAGCCAGGAAAAGGCUAGGCAGAAGCUGUGGGAGGAGGAAGAUGGCGUGCUUGCUGGGAAGUGGAUGCGAAAGGCGCACGAUGCCGGCGAGCGACUUCUAGGGCACGAACAGAACGAUGACGAGGGCGAUAGCGACGAAGGCGGUUCCUCCAGCCGACCCCAUACGAAGGCUGGAGGUAAAGCAAAGCGGGACAAGAAGAAGCGUGGUGUAUAUGGAAAAUGGGCCAACGGAGCCGCUCUCGAUCGAGCAGGAUCAUCGUCAUCUGUCACCUCGUCUGUUCGUCAAAACCAGAAAGUCAGCGACAACAACAAGCGGUCCCCGACAAAGCUGUCCGAUGUCAGGAUCGAUGGUGCGGAAGACGCAAACGACGAGUGGCUUUACGACGGCGACACCGAGAGGCCUUCUGCGUGGAAGCCUGAACAAGACGACGGCAAUCAUUUGCGUGUGACCCGAAGGGGCGAUCGUAAAGGAGACCAAAGCCCAAGCCCACGCCACCACCUCACCGCACCGAGAUCGCCGUUCGAGCUCGGCGAGGCAGAUGACGCCUCGGACCCUGAGGAGGAUAAGCCGGUUAAGGCGUCGGACCGACCUCUGCCGUCGGAUGCGAUCGAUCUUAUCGUAGACGACCAGGACGCAGUGAUGGAAGCGAUGGAACACGAACGUCAGAAGGGAGAGCCGAAUGCUCACGUGAUAAGACACGUAUACGUCCCGGGGGAGCAAAGUUCGGACAGCGAGGACGAGGGCUUCAAUCUGGGGAAGUCGCCCGAAGCUCACAAACAAGAUAACCUACAGGCUCAGAGGCAGAUCGAGGAGGAUGAUAUCGUACGCGAGGUGAAAGCACCGAAAGUACUCGCUGCCCUGCAAGAUAUCGACGAUAAUCCAUGGAUGUAAUGAAACCACUUAGCUGACUAGAGAUACUCAUUUUUGUAACGCAAUAA